UUCAUAUAUCCAGGGUCAAGUCAGUCAACCUAGACCAAUGGACACCAGAACAGAUACAGCAGCUGGAAUCCAAAAGAUCUUGAAACCAGUCCUGAAAGGCUUGCUCCUAUGCAAGAAAUCCUGAUGGCUUUUGAGAGGAAGAUAGAGAAGUAUUCUGGAAAAUUUGAAGAGGUAGUCGAGUGCAUGCAAGAUAUGGGAAAUACUAAAGCAAGACUACUCUAUGAAGCCAAUCUUCCAGAGAACUUUCGAAGACCACAGACAGAUCAAGCAGUAGAAUUUUUCAUCAGAGAUAAAUAUGAAAAGAAGAAAUAUUAUGAUAAAAAUGCUAUAGCUAUUACAAAUAUUUCCUCCUCUGAUGCGCCUGUUCAGCCUCUAGUAUCUUCUCCUUCCCUGCAAGCUGCUGUUGAGAAAAACAAACUGGAGAAAGAAAAGGAGAAGAAAAAGGAAGAGAAAAAGAGAGAAAAGGAGCCAGAAAAGCCUACAAAGCCACUUACAACUGAAAAGCUACAGAAGAAAGAAGAUCAACAAUUGGAGCCUAAAAAAAGUACCAGCCCUAAAAAAGCUGCAGAGCCCACUGUUGAUCUUUUAGGACUUGAUGGCCCCGCUGAGGCACCGGUAACCAAUGGGAGCACAGCCACACUGCCAGCCCUGGGCGACGACCUGGACAUCUUUGGCCCGAUGAUUUCCAACCCUUUACCUGCAGCUGUGAUGCCCCCGGCUCAGGGGAAUCCCUCUGUGCCAGCAGCUGCUGCCCUGUCCACAGUCACAUCUGGGGAUCUGGAUCUGUUCACUGAGCAAACUGCAAAACCAGAAGAAGUAGCAAAGAAACAGCUCUCCAAAGACUCUAUCCUGUCUCUGUACGGGACAGGGACUAUUCAGCAGCAAAGCACUCCUGGUGUGUUCAUGGGACCCACAAAUAUUCCAUUCACCUCACAGCCGCCGAGCACAUUUCAAGGCUUCCCGGCGAUGGGUGUGCCCGCGGCCCCCGGCCUCUUGGGAAGCACAAUGGGUCCAAGCACAAGCAUGAUGGUGGGCGUGCCCGUGCCCAACGGGUUCAUGGGAAAUGCACAGACGGGCGUGAUGCCCCUUCCUCAGAAUGCUGUCGGCCCCCAAGGAGGAAUGGUGGGGCAGCUGGGGACGCCCCAGAGUAAGUUCGGCCUGCCCCAGGCGCAGCAGCCCCAGUGGGGCCUCUCUCAGAUGACCCAGCAGAUGGCGGGCUUGGGCGUGAGCGGUGCCGGCACGCCGGGCUUCGGGCAGCCCCCCAGCACCGCUGCAGGCUGGCCAGGGAGCGCGGCGGGCCAGACGCUGAGCACGCAGCUGUGGAAGUGAAGCCGUGGGCUCCAGCCAGCGCGGACGCCGGACACGCCUGGAGAAGUGCGCCUGGCUCCCCUGCUCGCCUGUACAUAGACUCUGCCCUCCCCCGGCCCGCGCUGCCCUGUGCCCACUGCGUGUCGGUGCCGUGAGCAGCAGGCUGGGAAACCACUUCAGUCCAGGGCAGCUCUGCGCGCGUCGCCCAGGAUUUCACGGCCAUGACUGCGAAGCUGCCCGGCCGAUUGCAUAAUCAGUCUCACUCUCAGUACAAGUAUAGCUCUAAUGUUUGCGUAGAAGGGAAGUAGUCACGUUACGUUAGUAAUACUCCGGCAGUCCAAACCCCGCCCCAUAUUAGCCAGUGAUCUGUAGAAGGUACUGUGUGAGCCGACGUUUAAUCACAUAAAUAGAAUGUAAAUGUGUCACUGAGCACUGUUCUGUCGUGUAUCAAAAUUCUUUAGUUUCCUCGUUCCCCUCACUGUGCUGUUGUUACGAUGUGCUUAACAGGGAACGCGGGUAGUGAAAGGAAGAUAAACCUGGAUGUUGCUAGACGACUUAAUUUAAUGAAUGUUAAAAAUUCAAAUCUCAGCUGCCUCUUGAAUUUGGAUCUCUAAUGUACACAGUGCUGAAACAUGAAGACCUUUUCCUGCACUCUAUGCAAACAGGGUAACUAAAAAGCAAAGCUACUUUCAAUCCUUGAAGGUCUAUCCAGGUUUAUGACAGUAAUUGUGUUUACAUUUUAUGGUGCCUAGUAUUGACAAAAUGUUAUUUCCCUAUAUUAAACAGAUGAAUCCAUUGACCUUUUUGUGAGUGUUUUCCCCCCGUACAGUGUAUUCUUGUCACUAACCUUUCAGAAAUUCAUGUUGAAAGCCAGGAAUUGGGAACGUUUAGUUGACGAAAUACUCAGUCCGUUCACAGCUCUACUGAUCAUAAGGCCGAAUGGGGAAAGAAGUGUGUAAGACACUCGAGUGGCAUUCUGCAGUGUCACCUAGAGUGACGCACGGAACCUUCCAGCGAACCUGCGGAGAAAGCAUGCAAGGGAUGAGGGCGAGGCGCACUGCCCUCCCUGCGCGGUCCCUCCCCUUGGGACGGAGGGGCUGUGCGGAGAAAAGCACGGUACCUGGAAGUC